UUCCUCUCUAAUCUUAGAUUAAUUUUCUCUGCAGGCUGCUUCUAUCCCGGACGAGGAAGGAGUGGAAUAGUGACAUUUGAGCCUCCUCCAUCUUCCGAUGAUCUGGAUGCCCUUCACGCUGUCGGCUCCAUUGCCAACUAUUCCUGUAUGGACGGAUUCCUUCUAUUCGGUCACAGAACCAGGGAAUGCAUGUCCACUGGACAGUGGUCACAUCCAGAACCAUUCUGUGCAAUGAAGAUUCCUAGCAGCCUACGAAUAUUGGCCAAUUCGCAGAGCAUCACGAACCCGCAUGGCUUGGCGGACGGAUAUUUUGAAACGUGUUCUCACGUCGAGGAGCCGGGCCGAGAAGCCAGAUGGGACCUUGAUCUUCGCGUCACCUACGACGUCCGCCUUCUUCGAUUUUUCUUCUCUCAACACUUGGAAGAUAAUGAGUAUCUCGGGUUGAAAGCGUAUGAAGUGGUGUUGCCAACGGCUGCACUGGGCCAACACGUUGUCAUUUCUCUCUAUGGCAUCACCAACCACAAGAUCGAAGUCUGCGAAGUGGAAAUCUACUCCGAGACAGGAACCACAGAGAAAAUGUGCGAAGGAGAUCGAAUGGAACAGUUCGACAAGGUCAAGAUAUGGGGAAGGAGAUGUCUGGGUUUCGACCCUAGGAAAUCCCCAGAUUUCUUAACGGCAUCCAGAAUCUGUCAAAGUUACGGCGGCUUCCUCCCUCAAAACAUCGAUCGAAGUUUAUUUGAUUUACUCCGAAUUCUUACUCACUCGGAGUUUUCCGGAAACAAGGACGUGAAUGCAAUCUGGAUUGGAGCUCAGAAGGAAGCCGGUUCUUGGAAGUGGACCGAUGGGACGGCGGUGAUGGAGACGGUUUUCCAAACGGUGGAGACGAUUUCCCAGACGGAUUCGGAUCUGAAGGAGGGGUCCUGUCCCAUGAUGGCCAAGGACAACUGGCUGUGGACCGAAGGAAACUGCACUUCUCAGCAACCUCCACCUGCCGUCCUCUGUCAAUUUGACCCGCAGAAAUGCACGUUACCCCGACAACACACUGGGGCGAUUCUCAAGCUCUCGGAUGAAUCUCUCGGAGUGGGCACCAUCGCUUCUUACUCCUGCCAAGACGGAGUGACACUCUUCGGGAAGUACGAGCUGAAAUGCCAAAAAGAUGGGCAAUGGAACGACCAGGAGCCAUACUGCAACGUUCCCGAGUACGCGAGGGAAGCCUUCAGCCCAGAAGAAGAGGAAGAGAAAUCGUCUGCUGCCAACGUGGCAAUCUAUGCUGCGAUUGGUGCCGUGAUGGGAGUCCUUCUCGUGGCGCUGAUAGCCGGCUCUGUCCUCCUGCGUCGACAGAGACGAUCUCAAGAUUAUGCUCCGAGCAAAAGUAAGACCGACCCCGAAGGACCGAUUUUCGUCGGAGACUCAAUCGUUCUCACCAGCAGAACGGUGAAGAAUACUCAUCGACCCGAGAUCCAAAUCCAGAGCGGAUUGAGCCGGCCUGACGUGGUUCAGACGAGAAGGGAUGCGAAUGACCCCGAGUACGCUCAGCCUCUUCUGCCUGAACAAGAGCGUCUUUACGAUUCCGUCACACCAGAGGAUGAUCAGGGAGAGAAGGAUGGAGAUCUUUCUUCGACGCAACAGCAUUCUGCCAGCACCCUCCCAUCUACGUCCAAACUCUGAAUGACAAGCUCAGAUUCCUCAUGGUGAUGCGCGAGUGAAUGGAAAGGAACUGCUAGGCCUCGAAUCUGUGGUACUUGGGCAGGACCAGUUCCACAAUGCGUCGGAACACGAUCGUCAAUCUCUGUAUCUGUGGGUGAUUACCUCGAAAGCGCUAUUUGGGGACCUGGCACAUUACUUAGCACUCAUUUCGAUGGCUCGUCUUCAAGGAAGAAUCCUCUCCCAGAAUGGGAGUCUCCUCUGUC